AUGAAUAGUUCUUAAUUCGCACUUGAAGAUGAUUCGCAUCAAGAACCUCUCACGUAUGAAUAGAAUAAUUCCCCUAUAGUUAAAAGCCAUUAAUAAAGCCCUUAGAAAAAUAUGAAUUCAGGAAACAUAUAAGGAAGUUUGCACUCUGAUGAAAAUGAAGAAUUGGAAGUUCAAAAACCACUAUUCGAUCCUAAUUCGGGAGUAAACAAUGAAAACAUCAACAUAUCAAAUUCUAAUAAUCUCAAGAGUUCAUCUAAAUUAGGACUUGCAUACUCAGAAAAUAAAGAAAAUACUGAUUUGACUUAAUAAUAUAACAUUCCUAAUAUGAUGAGCGUAUCUUCAGGAAUAAAGAAAUCUAGUUCUCAAAUUGAUAUUAUGAACACAAGCAUUGGAAACGCAUAGAAUGAUUCAAAUGUGCAGUACGAGCAGGAAAACUUCGAUGAUGGGGAUAGCAACGGUAAUUAGAGCAUGUAUGAUAAUCUCACAUAAAAUACUGAAUAAAAGUAGGAUUUAAACUCAUAAAAUGUUUCUCAAGCUGAUAGCAAAAAGAAAAAGGGAUAAUAAAAACGAUCAAUGAGUAAAGAUGUGAAAAUAUUGUAAACUAUGAAAGCAUAUUUUCCUUAGCUAGCCUAAGCAGAACCUAAAAAAGUUAUACAGCAUAUUUAACCCAAUCCAACUUUAAACAAAAUUUAUGGAUAGAGAUCAAAUACAACCAACUAAGGUAAAAGUAUUGGCCAACAUUCAGAGAGGAUAAUAUUUGUAGAGAAUAGGAGAAGAGCUGGUAAUCAAGAUUAGACUAUUGAUUAUAAAAAUAAAUAAUAGUCUAUUGAAAGAAGAAAUUCCCAAAUCAACAACAGCACUACCACGAUCGUAUAAUCAUAGAAUACAGUUGCAAGUAAAAAUGCAGAUCAAUUAAGAAAAAAUACUCAGCUUCCCCCUAUUGGUAAAAGAUCUUAAGUCUAGGUGCUGGAUCAAUAAAGUGCUUAUAAUAUAUCUCCAAGAAAUAACAAUACUUUAAACAAAAUCUUGUCGCCUUUAUCCACAAAUCAGUAAUUUAGUAAUACUGAUACUAACUCACAAUAACAUUGGUCUGAUAAGAAAAAAUAUCCUAAAAAGCUUCUUCAAACUACCACUAUGAACGAGUAUGAAAUAUAGAUGGUGAAUGGAAUUAUUCUGGAGGGUACAACAGAAGAAUAGUAAAGAUUGCAAUAAUAAAAAAUAGACUAUGAAAGAAAAAAUUAAGAGAUGAUCUAACGAAUGCAAGAAAAGAAAAAUCAGGAGAUGAAGAUGAUUGAAGAAGAGAGAAGGAAACUUUAGAAAAGAUAAGAAAAACUAAAAAACAUGAUCUUAAAGCAGGCAGCUGAUGUAAGGGAAAAGAAAUUAAGGUAAGAAGAAGAAGCCAAAAGAAGAUAACAAGAUGAAUAAAAUUAAUAGCCAACUAAGAAAACACCAAAGAAGAAACCUUAUAUACCAUAACCAAGCUCAUAUUAGUUACAAGCUCAAAAGCAAUAGAUGGAAAUGAAGGAGGAGAAUGAAGACUUAGGAGAAGAGGAAGAGAAAAAGAAGAUGGAUAUGCUUAAAAAAUAUUAUAGGUCAAGAUAUGCCACAUUUUUGAAGACGAUUCAGGAGAAGAAUAAGAAGAGAGAUGAGGAAAUGGAACAGCAACGAAAGAAAGACGAAAAGAGAAAGGCAAAACUAUAAGAGGAACUUGGAAUUCAAAAAAUUCAAUCCAGAUUCAUGGAUGAUGCUAUCAAGAUAAACAAAGAGGCUAAUGAAAAAGUUGUCAUUGAGCACAUUCAAAAUAAGAAAUAGAAGAUUGAUGAUAAGCCCAGAAGAGGUAAUAGCAUUAUUGGAAUCAAGAGUAUGACAAGCACUUCCAAUUUCAAUCAGACAGGAAUAUCCAAUAAUGAUAGUGUCUCAGAUAUUUAAAAGAUUUACGUGCCAGACAGCUAAAAGAGAAAUAGAAGCAACUCUAGGUCAGAGAAAAGAGCUCUUACUCCUAAAGUUAAAAAAUCUAAGAGAGUUAUUGUAAUGCCAAUUGAUGAGAAAACUGAAGAAGACUUUGAAAAAGAGAUGAAAGCCAAGAAAGAUGCAGCUGAAAAAAUUAAGAUGAGAUAGCAAAAGUAUCUUCAGGAUUUGGCUGAAAGAAAGGAAAAAGAAACUCAGAAAGUAGAAGAAGAAAAAAAGAAAAAGGAAAAGCUCAUGAUAUUAGCAAGAGAAUAAGCCAAGCAUAACUUCGACAAGGUGAAUUAACAACCAGGACUUAAAGAGCUACAGGAAUAAUAAAUUCAAAAAAAAUAAUCAAGCGAGGAUGAUGAAGAUGGGGAAGAUACAGAAAAAAAGAAAAAGAAAAAAAAGAAGGCAGUAAAGGCUGAAGGUUAGUUAGAUUCUUUCCUUGAGAGAAACAAUCCUAAAAAAGUUAUAUUUCCAAAUAUUACAGAUCUUGCAACUUGGAAGAAAAAGUAUAAAGUUGAAGAUAACACUAAAGUUUUUAUUUGUACUGGUGGCUAUCCUGAUAUUAAAAAAGCAUUAAAGAAAAGAGGCUGGGUUGAAAAUAAAGAUUCAUCAUCUCCAUGCUUCGAUUUAAAAUGGGUUCUUAAGUCAAAAGAUAUUGAUCACAAUACUCUUAACGAUACUUAGCUAGUUAAUCAUUUCAAUAAGGCAACUGCAAUUACAACUAAAGUAGGUUUAUGUCAUAACUUAAAAAAUCUAAUUUGGUUCAAUAACGUUGACAUUGACACUUUUUAUCCAAGAUGCUUUGAUUUAGCUAUGUAAGAAGAUUGUGAUGACUUCAUUGAAGAAUUUAAGGGAGUCAAAGCUGAAUCCUACUUGAAAUAAUGGGUGAGAGAAAUGAGAGAAUCAAUGGGAGAGAAGCCAUCUACUGUAACUGAUAAAAUACUUAAAGUCGCUCUUAAAGUUUGUGAGAAAAGAUUAAGAGAACUUGAUGAUCUGAUAGAUGAUCCAAAUGCUUUCAACUCUUUGGUUACUGACGAGGAAUGGUCUAUUCUUGGUGCUGAUGAACUUAAUGUUGAGACAUUAGCCAAGUAGAAGCAUGAUAACUGGUUGGCUAAAAAUGAAGUAAUGUAGUAAGAGAAAAAGAGGAAGGAAGCCAAGGAUGCAAAAGAUUAAGAAAAAAAGAAGAAGAAAAAGAAGAAGAAGGUAAAGAAGGUUGAAUAAAAAGAUGGAGAAGGGAAUCCAGAUGAAGAUUACGAAAAUGAUGAAGAUGUUGAAGGAUGGAAUAAAAAACCAAAUGAGGAUGAUGAAGAUAUCAUUGAUGAUGAAGAGGAUGAAAAAGCAAAAGUUGAGUAAGAUAUCGAUCUUUAACUUGUGAGUAAGCAUCCUGAAUACAAGAGGGCUAUUAAGAUUUUAGAAGGGCUGAAAGCGAAGUACCCUUAGUAUAGCCUUAAUGGUGAAAAAAAUAUUUGGAUAGUAAAGCCAGCAGGCUCCUCAAGAGGUAGAGGAAUUGCUUUAUAUAAUUAAUUGAUUGAGAUUCUUGACCUUUGCAAAUAAAAGGAGUCAUAAUAUAUAGCUCAGAAAUAUAUAGAAAAUUCUCUGAUUGUAAAAUGCAGAAAAUUCGAUAUAAGAUAAUGGGUACUUGUAACAGAUUGGAAUCCUUUAACUGUUUGGGUCUAUUAAGAACCAUAUUUUAGAUUUCCUGCUUCAGACUACACUGAUGAAAAUAUUAUGGAUAGGUUCAUUCAUUUGACUAACAACUCAGUAGCUAAGUACGCAGAGAAGGCUAAAGUUACCCAUGAAAUAGAAGGAAAUAUGUGGUGCUGGGAAGAAAUGAAAAAUUAUCUUUAAGAAGAAUUUGGAUGGGAUGUUUGGGAGGAUAAAUUAAAAGAACAAACAAAUAAUAUAAUCAUAAACUGUCUCGAGAGUGUUUAAGACAUGUUUGAAUGUAAACCAGGCUGCUUCGAGCUUUUUGGCUUCGAUUUAAUGGUAGAUGAUGAGUUUAAUAUGUGGUUAAUUGAGGUAAACUCAUCACCAGCAAUGGAUUAUUCAACCUCUGUAACAGAAAGGCUUGUUAAGAUUGUACUUGAGGAUACUAUAAAAGUAGUAGUGGAUCAUGCACAGGCAAAGAAGAAGUCAAAAGUUGAUACAGGAUUGUUUGAGUGCAUUUAUAAAGCAUCUAAAAUUGUUGAUAAGCCUAUUAAUAGUUUUGGUCUCAAUCUUGUUUGCGAGGGCAAAAAGUUGGCACCAAUACUCUUAGCAUCAGGCUUCCAGACCUGUGAAACUGCAAAUCUGAGGUUUGCAAUGGUGCUAAUAUUCUUAGUUUACUCAGUUGUUUUCGUAAUGAUGCUUCUUCAGUUUAUUGGAUUAGUAUCAUGCUUAAAAACGAUUCCUAGAGCAAUCAUGGGUUUUUACUUUAGUUUGGUGGGAGUCAUGUUUUUUGUUCAAAUGAUUUUAUUUAAGGGUGAUGAAUGCAGAACAUAAGCGCCUGUUUACUAUUUCUGGCUUGUUGGGUAGAUAGCUCUUUUCUAUUUGAUAGUUGCUUGCGGGUUAGCUAGAUGGGGCUCUUAUAUAUGCUGGUAAGCUGAGAAUCAUGAUACUAUGGCAAAGAAAGCAGUUGAAGAAUAUAUGAAACAAGCUAAAAAAGGUCAAUUAAUGAUGAUUGAAAAUGAUGAUAAAAAAGUACCUCUGCUUUCAAAGAGUAGUUCAGAGAAUGAAUCAUAUGCGUCAGAGUCAUCAGAUGAAGAUGAGGAACAGAAUAAAAAGGGUAAGAAACUACCCAAGCAGCUGGCAAUCGGAAAUUGA